UGUGCGACGGUGAGCUUCCUCGGUCGUUCAGUCAGUGUUGUGUCUGCAACCAGGCGCGCGAGCCAGAGGCAAAAUGGCGAGUUGCAAAGCUGCUCGUUCCGCGUGAUAUUGUUGAAAUUCAAGCACCAACUAAACGAGACCUACAAAACAUAUAUAAUCGCAGGUUCGCAGGUAGUUAUCUAUCUGUCUGUGCGAGUGUGACGCCUGUGUAGGGUUAUUGCUGUCUUCGGCCUAGCUGCUCUUCGCACGAUACACAUUCCAAUGACAUUGCGAUGACGCUACACUGGUGGAUGCAUUGGUUCUGGGUUACGGCGCAAAUUGUCGUAUCCCUGACUAGUCCAUCGGAGAGAAGUCCACCGGAGCAGACAUCGAUGCUCAAAGUGUCGAGUGUUUCGCCAACGACGAGCAGUUUAUCAGAAGCAAGCCUUCUGCGAUACUCUCAGCAGGAGCUGCUGGCGAAGAUCCAACAAAACUACAGGGUUGCCAAGGCCAUCGGAUUACAGAUGCCGAUCAACUCCGCCGAGGUUUCAUCAGAGAGACCUGCUGCUGUCAAUUUUCACUCUGGCCCGUCGACCUCCAAUCUGGAGAGAACCAGAACCACGUCAAUUCCGCUCGUAAACAAAACCACCUCGAGCGAAGCAGACGCAAGUGGAGCUCCCGUGAAGAUGCCCAGCAAGAAAGAAAGUAAAAGCUCGUGGGCGAACGGUUACAGUAAAUCGCCAAAGCCAACGUACGACGAGACGACAUCAACGUCGACAGUCUCUUCAAGCGGCGGCGAGGAAAUGACCGUGAUGCCAUUACAGGAGCACACACCCGGUGGCAGCAAAUCCCUCGAUCCGAAUGCCAUCGACAAGCAGGAGCAUCUACUUCUGGCUGGCAAUCACUCGGGCAACCAACGUCAGCUGUUGCUCCAGGCUGAGAAGACAAUCGAGCCACAGGCUGUCGCCACUGCCGCAUCUAUUCUUGAUGCUGGUCUGAUAGACUCGACGAGGUUAGGCCGUGCGAGAGGCGCCUUCAGCAGUGAGUUUCAGCGGGAUCAACUAUCACGCGAGGAGCAGCGCGACGAGAGCAAGGGCCAACCAAUAAGGGAGAGCGCGGAUAGCGGCGCUAACGUCACGGAAAUCGCCACUAUCACCGGAAGUUGUCUGGCUGUCGUGGUGCUACUCAGCACCGUCGGCAGCCUCAGUUUUAUCAUGUACAGGCGGAGGUACUUGAAUCCACCGCAGACACUGAACAGCGACAAGUGUAGUAAUCCAGAUAGCUCUGGUUACAUCGACGACUCCACCAUUCGCGACAACUCCGAAGAAAUGUACAGUCUGGACAAUGACUCAUUCCUGAAUUCACUGGAAGCGAUGACAAUCCAGAACUAUUGGACCGACAGCGUCAAGCAUACGAAACUAUGACGCACAGCACCAGUAUCGCGUAAAACGAGAAAAUAUAAACAGUUUUGAAGCAUAUCCUCGCUUGAAGAAUUACUUUUGGCGCAUAUAAUAUAUGAGCCCUUCUACAUAUAUUUUUCGUCAAAAAAGUCAACGAUCCUGGUGAUCAUUUUUUUUUUAAUUUUUCUCGAACGAUCUCGUUAUAGCAAAAGACCAAGAAGUUUCAGUGAUCAAAUAUCCCAAGUGUAGCUCCAAGUCGUUAAUGGUAUAGAUAUAUGUACAUAUACACAUUUCCGAGUUCUACGUAGAUAUGACUCUUUGGAAGAGGAUUUUGUGUGAUGUGAAAAGACUGCGGAUAUAUAAAGUAUUAAGAUGUUGAGAAGAGUGCAAUAAUUCAAUGUACUUGAUCAUUCUAAUUUAAAUUUAAGGUUGCGAUGCGAAAUCUUCAAAGCGAUUAGUACAAAUUAAGACAGGCAUGGGUGUGAUUGUUUUCCUAUCUUUAACUUUUUAAUCCACUUUUUGUGAUGCAUGCGUUUUAGUAGUCGUAAGAGUUAGUUGAGUAUUUUUUAUUAAGAUUUACAGUUAUUGUGUAAAUUUUUAGCGCUUUUUAGAGAAUUUGUUAAUAAGAAAAGCUUUAACAUUUUUCAAAAUCAUUAUACACUCGUUUAUCGCUGUAUUUGGUAUUUGAUUUUAACAAGAUGUUAUAUCGUGUUAAUAAUUUACAUUAGUUACAUACUUUAAGUUAAGGUAUAAAACAGCAAUACAAGGAGAAAAAGGAAAACACGUUCAUAUCUGAAAUGACACUUUUUGUCAAUCGUGUAGGUAGACUGCAUACAACUUCUAGGUGUGGAAAAAAUUGACCUAGUUUUGAAUACAAAUAUAGUAUUUAGAUAUUGCACAUACUGCUUGGUGAUAAAUUUUUUCAAUCACCUUCUUUUGAAAUUUCGUCGAGCGACGCCAUAUCAAGACUAGUAAUUUUUUUCUUCAUCUAAUUGUUUUUAACUGUUAUACCAGUAUUUAUUAGCAUCACGUUGAUUUGUUGUCGAAAGACUGUUUAAAUGCAAGCACUUCCAUGAACGAAUUUUGCAUUUUCUAUAGUGUGAAAAUAGUAACGCUUCAAUAUUGAAACAUAAGACUAGUUUAUAAGUUGAUUAAAUGAAAAUGGAAUAAUAUUCGAAAUCAAUCGUGCCAAGCUGUUUUAGCUUCGACGUGCAUGAAAAAAACGAUAUGCUGACCGUCCCUACACUAUAAUAACAACAAAUAUAGACUAUCAUCGUUGGCACUAUGGCACCAGCCGUACUAAAAAAGUAUCGAGAAAUAUCGAGACUUUUAUACGAUACUUUACGAUACAUUUUUCUGCCAAUAUGUCUAUAGUCGAUACUUUUUAGACUUUUCCCGCUUUUUUUUCCCGCCACUCUGUUUUCCCGUAUUUCUCUGGAGCUUUUCUUCUGCUUCUCUCUCUCUCUCUCUCUCUGUCGUUUACGACGAAAUGUCGUUUAAUGUACAUGCAACGUUAUCUUAUUUUCCGCUGUAAAUCGAUUAUUAUUAAAAAAAACUUAUUGUCUAAUUAGAUACUAAGAAUGAACUAAUAAACUAACGAAAAUCCAUUUGAAAAUCUUAGAAUACUUUGAACUAUUAAAUAUUUUUGCAACAUGUUAAACUACUACACAGGACACCACUAUUAGAAUUAUUUUAGCUAUACCAUAUUUUUUCAAAUAAAAAAUUAUAUCAUAGCGAACGGCAGUAAAUAUUCAAAGAGAAUGUGUUAUUUUUUCACGCUUCAUGUUGGAAAAACUAGCUUUUUCUAAUUAUUCACACGCAUAUUAAGUAAAAUAUAAUGAUAUUCUAGACAAAUUAUGUAAAUAGUAAAAUGUUAUGGCUAAAUUCAUUUUAAAGAAUUUUAAGUUAAAAUCAUGUUACUGAUUAUAAAACCAGCAUUUGUUUAAAGAUAUCCUUUAAAGUAUGUGUUUUAAUAUUUGCAUUGGAUUUAAUUGAAAGAACUUUAUUCCGUAUGUAUUAUGCAUCUUUCCAUGGCUUCGCCGCUACGUUACUAUGGUGUGACAAAUUAAAUGUCACUUAUGUGAUCGGUUAGCAUGUUGGUUUUUUCCGAAGUAUCCGAAGAAAUAAAAUUAUGAAUACUAUUAUAGGAAUAUUAUAACAUUUUUCGUGGAAAUAUUCCUAUAAUACUAUACAUGAUUGUUAAGAUAUUAAAAUAUCUAAAUUUGUAAAACAAAAACAUUUUUACUUUCUUGACGUGAUUUUUUUCAUAAAACAUUGUCAAUAAUCAUUUGUUUCUGUUGAAAACUUCGUUUGUACUAAAUUAGUUUGCUCUAUAUAUUUUGCCAUUAAAAACUAUACGUUUGCUGUAUUUCAAACAAUUAAUUUGCUUUGGACACUUUAAGCGAAAGAACUAGAUUGACAUACACACGGAAAAGCAAGCGUAGUUCAAAUCUCGUCUCACACCCGUCGUAUAGAAAAAUCAAUUUAAACAUGUGCGGGAAAAUGAUUUCCCUUGUGCGGUCUCUUCAGCCUCGCUUUUCUCGGACCAAAAUGUCCACAUGAGUUCAAAUCAUUUUCUCGCACAAGUAUUGAAACGUAUUAUUUACAGAUGAACUUUUGAAAAUCUAUUAAUGCAACUGAUAAAUAAAAUUAUUUAUAAUUAUGUUAAGAUUAACCCAUUAAAGCCCACGCUAAGACUGGUUGAGAUAGCGACAAACAAACUGUGCUAUCUUUUGCAUAAGU